AUGAUAGACAUAUAUGAUUUUACAGAAAAAGGAAUAGAAGUUACUCAGACUCUUUACAGAAUAUUAUAGCCUGCUCCACCUUAAAUUAUGGACUAGCAGUCUAGCGAAGAAAAGUAGAAAAAAAAAUAAAAUAAAUAUUCGUACGAUAGUUCAGAUAGCGAAUAAGAUAAUAGUAUAGAUGAUGAUGACGAUGAUGAUGAAAAAAAUUCAGAUUCAAUAUAGUUUUUAUAUAAUAGCUUCGUUAAAUUAGUAUAAAAAAAGAAUAUUGAGUUUAAAAUGACUUCAGAUGUUAAUAAAAAUUAAAUGCUUUAUGCAAAAUUAGAUGUUAAAAACAAUUAAUGGCUUAUUUAUAUGUUAGAUCCUAAAAACGAAGAAUUUAAUGAAUAAGAUCCCUAGUUUUAUCUUUAAAUUAGAUAGAAUAAGAAAGAAUGGGUUUUAUGGAGCAAUAGUUGCGAAUUAUGUUAUUAGAAAAAGCAAUGUUAGCCAUACACUAAUCGUAGAUAGUGGUUGAUGUUUAUAAUGCAUGAUAUUUAAAAGGAAGCUGAAAAUGCAGUCCAUGUAUUGUAAAUUCUUAUUCCAAGGUCAGACGAUGAUCUAAGACAAGAAGUAAUAUGUCCAAAAACAAUGGACAAAAAGCACUGCAAAUAUAAUUAUAGCGAUAAGGAAUUCUCUUACUUUGAAUUCUAAUCUAAAGACACCACUCUACCAGAUGAAUGUUAUUACAUAAGAACUAAAUUUCCUAGUUGGAGCCAAAACCUUAAAUCUUGGGUUAUAGACUCAUAUGGUAGAAUAAAAUCUCCUUCAAAAAGAAACUUUCAGCUUUUGUUUGAUUAAGUUAACUUUUAAUCUGAAACGAAUUUAAAUUAGCAGCAAUACGAAGAUAAAGAUUAUUUCCCUAUUUUCCAAAUGGGAAAAACAUCAUCUUGCAACUACAUUGUUGAUUAUAGACAUCCUUUUAGCUUUAUUUAAGCCUUUGCAAUAGCUCUUUGCACAUCCUCAUGGAAAUCUAAGCUUUAAUGA